AGGUAAGACUCGACUGUGAAAGAGAGGAGAGGAUAGAGGUGGAAUUAUACAAGUCGUUGAAUUCGUUGAUGCUGCGGUAAAAAAAGUUGUGCUUUUUUAGGGCUUUUCGUGAUUAGGGUUUGCAGAGAUCUGUAAAUCCCCAUCGAUAAAGCAUUGCUUUUUCUCCAACAGAAAGACAGGACAGACAAACACUGUUUCUUUGUUGUUUGGAUAUUCCUAGGUUUUGCGAGGGUUUAGGUGACGAUUUGAUGACGACGAUUUGCAAGGGCCAAAUUUGCCACGUAAUCCUUUCAUUGGAGAAGAGUGGCCAAGGGAUAGAGGAGAUGAGCUGCUUCUCUUGUUGUAGGGUGGAGGUACAGCAACGCAUUUCUUCCUUUAAGGAGAGAAACAAUGCCAUUGGCGGCAAUAACAGCAAUGGGAAAUUAUUGAGGUCUUUCAUGAAUAAUUUAUCAAACAAAACAGGUAACAGCAAGCAGAAAAUAGCUGAAGAAAUUCAAAAAAUUGGAAAUGCAAAAUUUUCAGCUCGUAUUUUCACAUUCCGAGAACUAGUGGUUGCUACAGACAACUUCAAUCCCGAUUGUCUGAUAGGCGAAGGUGGAUUUGGCAGGGUCUAUAAAGGAUACAUAGAGAGCAUUGAUAAAAUUGUAGCCGUGAAGCAACUUGACAGGAAUGGAAUGCAAGGAAGUAGAGAAUUCUUCUCGGAGGUUCUGAUGUUAAGUUUGGUUCACCAUCCGAACCUUGUGAAUCUGAUUGGCUAUUGUGCUGAUGGGGAUCAAAGAAUUUUAGUUUAUGAAUACAUGCCAAAUGGAUCUUUGGAAAAUCAUCUUCUUGAUUUAAUUCCAGGUCAGGAGCCAUUGGAUUGGACCACUAGGAUGAAAAUAGCUGAAGGAGCAGCCAAAGGGCUAGAAUACCUACAUGACUUUGCUGACCCGCCAAUAAUUUAUCGUGACUUUAAAGCAUCAAACAUAUUACUAGAUGCGAACUUCAAUCCCAAGCUCUCUGAUUUUGGACUUGCAAAGUUAGGCCCUACUGGAGGGAAGGACCACGUAUCAACAAGGGUCAUGGGGACCUAUGGUUAUUGUGCUCCGGAGUAUGCAAUGACAGGGCAGCUGACUACAAAAUCUGAUGUUUACAGUUUUGGUGUAGUGUUUCUGGAGCUAAUCUCGGGGAGGAGAGCUAUUGAUAUUGAAAGACCGACCGAAGAGCAGAACCUUGUUGCUUGGGCAGAGCCAUUACUUAAGGACAGGCAGAAGUUCAUGCUGAUGGCAGAUCCCCUGCUUGAAGAGAAGUACCCUGUAAAGGGUCUUUAUCAAGCUCUUGCAGUUGCAGCCAUGUGCCUUCAGGAGGAAGCUGAUAACCGACCAUUGAUUGGUGAUGUUGUAACUGCCCUUGAGUUUCUGGCCGGGCCAAAGGACAAUGACAAAAUUGCUGCAGAAUUACAAAAGAAACAGUAACUUGCAUGUUAAGUCCGUGGAAGAAGUAAUUGCCAAAAGAUACCGUGACUCUUAGGCUUGUAGCUAGCGUAGCUAGGUGAGCAACCCUGAAGCUUGGAAAAAUUGCAUGGAACCUUCACACCACACUAGCAUGUUGUUGUGUAGAUUAUUGUGAGUCUGUCAACUAUUUGAUUAGGGGUGUAAUUGUUUGAGUAGCAAUCGUAGCCAUUUCUGAUAUGAUUCUGGAAGCCAAUUAGUGAUAACUUAUGAUGCGGGAUUGACUCCAGCGAAACUAUUGUCAAUAAAUUAAACCAUUUUGUUGGGGGAUGCUUUUGCGACAACUGGAGUAUGCAAACAUCAUUUCUAUUGAUAGCGAUAUUUUUGGUAGAAAAACCAUGAUU